AUGAGUAGAGACCAAAGAGAAGAUUUUGAUGAUUUGAAUGAAAGUUCAAAGUUAAAGGAAAGAGGUCAUUUUAAAAACAUGUCUGCAAGAACUCCUAGAUCUACAAAACCACCAGCAUUGUGUACAAGAAAAAACAGUUUAUCGAGAAGUUUACAGUAUUUCUUUCACAGAAAACGUUCUUAUAAUAUGAAGCAAGGCAGUGUGAAUAAAGGAAAGAAGUUGUUUGAAACAAUUAAUGAUGCAAGUGGGGUCAAUCUCAAUGCUCUUCCCAUAAGGAGACCAAGCAAGGCAAGGGUUUGGAGCGUUAGAAAUUCAUUUUCUAAAUCACCUAUGGAAACCUUGUCAAAGGACUUACUAAAAUUAAACUCACCGGCAAAAGUUAAAAAGAAAAUACCAAGAAGUAAGACUUGUUCCCAUGCAUUUGAUAUUUUACAUUCUUUCAAAGAUCUAGUGCAUGCUUCAGAGGAAACGUUAACAGUAAGGAGCCCAUCAAAGAGGGAAAGCUGUAUCCAAAAUGCAGAAGAACAGUCUACCAAAGACAGAUUUGAAACAGAUAACAUUGAAGCAGUUGAAAGUAGUUGGGGAAACUUUGAUGAAACAUCUGAUAGGUCAAGGUUAUCAAGCUUUGGUAGCUCAGCCUGUUACUCAGAUACCAGUGUCUGCUGUUCUUUGAGCAGUUGCUCUUACUGUAACCGGGAAAGAAGUGACAGUGGUAGUAUUGCCAUGGAAACAGAUACAAGUAUGAGUACAUCCUACUGGGAUUUACGUUUACCAACAGAAUCACCAUUGUUUGGUCUGCAUGAAUCCAGAAGGUACUCUUUAGAUGUUGAGACAGAACAUCAUAGCAGUUUUGGAUCACCAGAAAUAAGGGCUUUAUUAGCUAAGAGAAGAUUGUCAGAACAGUUAACAAGAUCAAAUAGAAUGAAUCAAUACACAUGCUGGCAGGACAAGUUUCUAAGUGCCAUGAACCAUAGAGCAUCUCCUAAAGAAUCUGAUGGUACAACUGAGACGCAAGAAAUGCAUUCUUUAAGCAAAGACAUUGAUGGUAAAAGGACAAUAGAUAUACCAAGAGCACAUAAAAUAAAGGAAAUAAGAAGGUCAAACAGUGCUUGUGCAGAUAUUAAAAGAUCAAGAAGCAUAAGCAGAAGUCCAAGACCUAAAAGUGGUGGAACCGACUUUCCAGGUAAAGCCAAUGUCAAAAGAACCAGGUCCAUGGAUUCCUCAAGCAGAACCAGGAAUUUUCUGUCAAGAGAAAGGUAUAUGUCUAAGAGUCCAACUUGUCAGUUUGCAUUUUCAGACAUCGAGAGUUCGGAAGAAAGUGAAUCAACUCAUGAUCCGAAAGAAAGCUCUUCUGAAGAAAGACAGCAGUCAAGCUUCAAUGAUACAAGCUCUCUAAGUGCGUGCUCUGUGUCUGGUUCAAGCAGUAUUGAACACAAUACUCCAGGUACGAAGAAGAAAAUAGUUCAUUCAGAGCAUGUUUUAGAAUGUGGAUUAAACAAAAAUGCUGUUCAAGAUGGCCCUGAAGAAGAGUCAACUAUAUCUUUGCAUGAUAUGGAUUAUUCUAUUCUCAAAGAUAAUGACAGUGAAUGUGGAAAAGGGGAAAGUAAUGAAGAGAAAAAUGUAGAUGAAAUAGACACAGAAAGCAUUGGUCUGGUAGUGACCUCAAUUGAGAAGGAAUGUUCGGUAAAUGAUCUUGAAAGAGUAAUUGUAAGUGACUGUAAGGAAGGUAAUAACCCAAAUGAAACAGAAACUGAAAAUAUUGAACUUAAAGAAGCUUCAUGCAUUCCAAUGGUGGAGAAACCCACAAUAAAUGACAAAGUAGAAAGUGAGUUUGAUCAAAACGAAAUUAAAAAACAGUCUUCAGGUACUUUUGAUUCAGCACAAAAGGGAGAUUCAUUAGAAAACAUAAAUGAUGUAGCUAACCAAGAAAUAUUAGAUACACAGCUAUAUAUAGGAGAAAAAACUGAUGUUGCUGAUUCAAUUUUUUCUGAAGAGAUUAAGGAGGAAGAUACUUUGCCUUUAGAAACAGAUGACUCUGUUGUAAUAAAUGUUACCAUUGAAAGUCAUCAACCAGAUGUAAAAGACCCAGGAAUGGAUGACAAACAUAAGAAUGGCAAAUUUGUGUCAGAGGAUUUAGGUACUGAUGUAGACUCUUUGUGUUUAGAGCAGUCUGAAGUGGAAGAUGAAAAUUCAUUUGAACACAUGGCUUCAGGAGAUGACAAGACUGAAACAAUAGGAACUGUAGAAAACAAAUCAUCAGAAGAGAUAAUUGAUCAGAGCAUUGAAGUAAAGGUACGUAAUUUGAACAUAAACAGAGUUGAGAAAAGUAAAGAGAUUGAAGAGAAAACAGCCACUGCAGAUGAAACUUUUUGUAACAAUUCUGCAAAAUGUGAUGAGAAAAAUACUGAACCUGAAAUUGAUGAAGUUCUGAAUUAUUUUGAUUCUGUUUUGCAUGGUGAGACUGGCAUUGCCAAAAGAUCAGAAGAAAAUGACCAUUCGGUUAAAAGAUCUGAUGAUGAAAUGAAAACAGAAUCUGAUGUGAAUGCCAUUGGAGCAGAUCAAGUAAGACUUGAUGAUGCAAAAGAUGAAGGUAGGCAAACACUUAUACAAAAUGAUAAGCAACAUACAAAAAGUUUUGAACAUGCAAAUGAUAAUCAUACAGGAGAGUCAAUUGUAUCAGAAAAGUUUGUCAACAAAAUAGAUGGAAAACAUCCUGAAAGUUUCCCUCAAAGCUAUGAAGAAGGAGAAUUUAUCGAUGAACCUAUACUUGAUUAUGAUAAAAUUGGUCAUGAUGGCAUGGAUCUGGAAAAUGAUUAUACAGAAACACAAACUGAAGAAGCAGAUAAGAGUGGUGACUUACUAGAGUUCCAAAGAUUAUCAUUUGAAGAGGUAUUGUUCAACAGUGGCAGGGUAGGAACUUCACCAGAUAGCAAUGAAGUGGGUGAUGUAUUUGAAGCUAUUAAUAGGGAAGUUAGCAAGGAAGAGAAUAAGGAUAAAGAUAUGAUGGUCAUGUUUCUUGUUGGAGGAGAAUUAAAGGUACUACGAAGGUCAGGGACACUUGCCAAUGGUAGCCAUGGUGACCUUAGACAGCCAGAUUUUCCUUCAAUGACAAGAAAAGAGUCUCCACAAAAUGGUAGUCGAGACUACGUACUCAAACGUUCUGUUCAUGACAUUAAUAGGGGGCGCCCUAAGUCGGCCAUAAUCGUAACGCGUAGCCAGUCCUUUAACGGCAUGGCGAACCAACAAAUUGUGAUGGGUGGGAGACGAGAGAGCCCACAGGGAGUGGUGCUGGGCGAGUCAUUCCGGCACCACAGAGCCCCUGCUGUACAACCACCGAGGGCUGUUCCAGGUAGCAGGGGUGCAGUAGGUUUCAGUUUCAAGAAAUCCCCAAAGGUGCCAAAGGUUCCUCGACCCAACAGAGCUCUUUUGAUGUUCCAAAGUGUUAAAAGAGGAAUAAGAGAAUUUAUUGAGGCAACAAAAGAGGACAUUAAUCAGUUACAGCAUAGAGAGACAGACAACACAUCUACAGCACAGGGUAAACUUCAUGAAGCUGACAAGCAAAUAAAGUCUGCGGAGAGGUACUUGAAAAGACUAGAGUUUCACCUAGCAAAGCUGGAUGAGCUGCAUGAGUUUUAUUUGUUACAACAACAACUACGAGAAGGUGUGAGGACCAUGCAUCGAGCAUAUGUCACGUCGCCUGGCAACCAGAGUCAUUCAUUGUCUAAUGUGAAGUACGGAUACAAGGAAUGUACGCAGAACAUGUGUAAUAUUGAGGCCCAGUUAGAGGCCAUGAUGGGAACAUUUAACUGUAAAUUAAAAGGUAUGGCAGGAUUUGCUAGACUGUGUCCUGGUGAUGUUUUUGAGGUCACAGUCCGACAUGGUACCCAGAAAUGGAAAACCAAAGGUAGAAUAGAAAAGACUGGGAACCAGAAAUGGGAUAUUCCAGAAUUUAACUUCAAGGCUGUUGUUGGAGAUAUAUUUAAUAUAAAGGGAUUGGAAGUUCGAGCCUUCAAGUCUGUGUUACUGGGUCAGAAAAGUUGUGAAACUAAGGACCUGUUCUCGGCCAACCCUCAGUUGAUGACAGUCAGUAUCAACGUGAACGGGUCGCUCAAACUUAGUAUAGUUAUUACAUGGAAUCCAUUAGAUGGUGUAGAUGAUAGUUUUGCUUUUAUGGAAGGUCCACAAAAACCGCAAGGUACACCUCGCAGACGCCCUGUAUCUGUGAUAGCCCUAAAUGGACAAUACAAUGAAGAGCCUGGCUCAGACAGACGGCACUCCAAUCCUGUAUCUAUUCAACAGACUAAGGACGAUAAUUUCAUUUUACGUACAAAUCCCCCGUCAUCUCAUCUAGGGAAUAACGUCACAUCAUAUCAUGGACUCGACAGUCCACACGUUAGUGCGCGGCUCAGUGACCAUCUGCCUGACGCAUACAGACAGACUGGUCCCCUUUAUUCACAAACAAGCCACCAUGUGCAGGCUGGUUUUCAUUCUAGUCCGGCUUUACCAUCGUUCGGAGAAAGUGACUCUGAUAAACAAUUACCCCACCCACCUACUCAAAAUAGUGCAUUCUCAAACACUUUACCCUCAGUGUUGGGACAUUUACAUUUCCCGAGUGUUUCGCCACAUGCAAUUUCUAGCGGGAAAGAUGAAGAGGAACAUUCUGUGUUGAAUAUCGAGGAUGUGUUACACACUAUGUCCUCAUCUUUAGAAGAUUAUCAUGGCCAGUAUACGGAAUUACAGAGACUUGAGGAUUUAAUCAAAUUUGCACAAAAGUUAAUCAGGAAACAGUUUCGCAGUAGUUCACGGUCUUCCAGCAUCAGUGUGUCUAUUGAGAGUGCUCUUGAAGCUUUUGAUUUCCUCGACACAGAAGAGACUUUCGAAGAGCCAAAAUCACCAACUGACAACGUGAAGGCUAGUUUUGACGAUAUGUUAUGCAGCCCAGAGUCGACGGCCAAGACAGGGGAUUCAGGCAUCGAGAGUCUUGCCCAGAGGCUGAGUGAAGACACACAGUUAGGAUCGAGUCUAGGUUCGAGCCCCGUUCCUCCAUCCACAGGUAAUGAGGAAGUUGACCAAUGCCUCAUGUACCACCUGACAUAUUGUGAACGCCUGCUUGAGAAUCUUGGUGCAUUUGGACCAUUAAAAUGCCGGGAGAUAUAUGCUCUUGACAAACUACAGAAACAAUGUACAAUUAUAGAAAGUUUGUUAAAGCUCGCCAAGGCGGGACCCAAUGUAGAUUUACAUCAUGUUAUGUCUGGAAUCUGUGAGGACAAGUCAUUGAAAGAAUUCUGGGUAAAAUGUACAGACCAAAACACCCUAUAUAUUCACCCAGAUAGACUUCUCAAUAUGUUGGAACAAAAAUAUUCUACUGUGAUAGCUGAUAAGCAUAUGAUUGACCCUGUGAAAGUAUGUCAGCAUGUGAUUACACGUGUAUUGGAUAUACCAGACUACGAGGCAGAACGAGGUCGAAGUUGGUUUGUUCUGACCUUACAUCAGUUUAUGUUGUACUUUAACGAGGAGAAAGGACUGAAACACAUCGAGGAUGUUGCGUCAGAGAUGAAGUUGGUUGAAAAAUUGACCACUGGUAAUCCUGACAUUGUGAUAAAAGCCAUACUUACUUUACGAGACACGUUACCUUCCUCACCUUGUCUCAAGGUCAUUGCCAUGUUACUUGUUACUAUGGAUAAAGAGGUGGAACAAUGUACAUUGUCAUAUUUGAACUUGAUACAGAAGAAGGAGGAGGACAGACAUAAUGCUCUUCUCACUUUUGUGGAAGGUCUCGAGGAUCGAACACCAGAGAUACGUGCUGGAGCCUGUGCUGCCCUUGCCAUACUAGAGGCAUCAGAGAGUAUAGAUCAGCUUGUAUAUUUAUGGCAGUCAGAUUCCUCAACUAUGGUUCAGAAAUGUGCAAAAGAAGCCCUCCUAAAAUUAGGUGAAGAAGGGAGAAAAGCUUUGGAGGAGGCACAGCUAUCAAAACAUGGUUUCCAGGGGAUACAAAUGCACAAAUAGAGUUCCAAGGUCACCUGUAUGAUUUCUAGAACAUUUUACCCAGAAUGCAUUAGCUGUGAGAGAAGCUUCUAUAAAUAGAACUCUUUAUGAUGACAAAGCACAAUAAGUGGCUAUUUAUAGAUUUUUCAUCUUGGGGUCUCCAGGAUGUAGCUAUAUUUUGAAAGUUUCUUUAUAUUGCAUAAGAAUGCAGCUAUAUAUAGAUCACUGGCUUUGGAAGGAGACUAUUUAUAGUUUUUUUGCAUUCAGUGUCUACAGAAGGUGGUUAUUUAUAGAUUUAAGUCUAGUGAUUACAGAAAGCAUCUGUUUAUAGAGUUUGACUUUCUGCAAUGAGACAUUCUUUAUAGUGCAUCAAGUUUUCAUGCUACUGAAUUAAUUUUGGACAGCGAAACAGGGAAAUGAGAAAAGAUGAGACCACCAAAAUUUUUAAGUGUCCAUAGAUGUACAUGAAAAUGAUUUUCAAAGAUUUAAGUUAUGGAAUAUAUGUGAAUGUUGAAUGUUCAGUAAAAAAUUGGCUAUAUCUAAGUCUCUGAUAAUUAUUGACUUGUACUGUAUAUACUUGUCCAUAUGACGGAUGGUGUAUAAGACAAGGGUCAAAAUUUUGUAUUUUAGUUGUUAAAAUAGUUAUUAAAAUGGCACUUUCUUGAAGAAUAGGCAAGUAGUUGAAACUCCUAACUUCAAGGAAAAAGGCAUAAUGUUAUAAAGGGAGUAAAUAUAGUACAAUCGGUACUCUUAUGAUUUUGUUAAAUGAUACUGAAAGAGUUUGUUGAUUAACAUUUUUAUUGAUGGCAAGAAUUAUUUUGAAAAGUGUUUUUGUAUGUCAUGUUUAAAUCAAAAAUAAAUUAUAUAAGACUUGUAAUUAUAUAAGUUUGUAUGGUUCAUGAGAAAAAAUGUAUGAUAAACUUGCUGUAAGUAAAUGUCACAAAAUACUUGACACAUCUUAGAAAUAUUUUUUGACUAAAGGUAUGUUUGUACAUAUCUAGUAAGAAUAUGAUUGGACUUAUCAACAUAAUUAUUGACUGUAUGAACUUCAGGGGGACAGUCCUCCAGAAUAUUAAAGCUGCAUGCCUUCAGAUGAGCCAAAAUAUUUCACGACAGUAAAACUUUGGGAAAAACAUACUUUGAUUGUGAGAAAAGUAAAAAGAUUCAAAUAAUAAUUUAUAUCUUAUAGUGCUAUUAUUGACUGAUUUUGCAGUACUUAUCAUAAUAUUUUUUUUUACCUCUUAUUUGGUAAUUUAUGUUGAUUGUAAGUGUCGUUUGCAAUGUUAAAAUUACAUUUAUGUUCACUUAACAAUAUUUUACUUUUCAUAACAUUUUCAAAAUUUUCAUGAAAAUUAGGAUGAAUCCAAGUUCAUGCCAAUUUUCAUGAAAUUUGAAAAUGUAGUUAACAGUAUAAUAUUGUAAAGUUACCAAAAGAAUGCAAUUUACACAUUAUCAAUGGCACUUACAACCUAUGUGAAUUACUAUAAAAAGGUCAAAAUAUGCAAAAUAGCCCUUACUGCGUUAGUAACGCAGUAGAAAUAUAGUUAUAAAUACUGAAAACUCUGUCAUAAAUCUUAUAAACAUGUAAAUUUUACUAGAAUUUUUAAUCUUUAUACCUUUCCUAAAAUAUUGGUACAUUUUUUCUCGGGUUUGAUUUAUCGAAAUAUUUUUGCUCAUCUGAACAAGUCUUCAAAAAAAAAAAAUCAAAACUUAAGAAAAUAUAUUGAUGGUUUCAGUAAUGUACAAAUAUUCACAAUAUUCAGGUGACACUUUGAAUGUAUUAUACAAAGUAUUACAGAAUCUAGUAUUUUAUCACCUUAAUUAUACCCUAUUGCUAACGAAAUGUGAGAAAUGUCUACAUAUUUUGACUGGUUAAAUGUAGUUUCUGUGGAUAGUAAUUGCCCUCUUAGGCUAGGUGUUUCUUAGGCUUUGUUAAAUUGCUUAGUUUGCACACUUGACGUCAUUUUACUCAUUACAACACUGUUUGACAUUUUUAUAAAAAUUAAUUCAAAUCUGAAGCCAUGCUACUAUUUGAUUUAUUUGCUGAUAGCCUUUUUCAUCUAGGUCAGUCUAGCAGAAAAUUGAUGGAGAUACACAUUUGCAAUAUUCAUUUGACAUAAAUUUUUUAAGAUAGAUUUUUCAUUCUAGUUUGAAAUCGGAAUACGUGCAAGUUUCAUUAAGGAUAUAUUGUAAAUGCAAUUUUUCAAGCCAUAUUAUUUAUUAUUAUUUGAAUGCAAUAAAAAAUAUAUAAAUGCCAGAAAAUUAAUUUUUUUAUAGUACAUACACAAUUUAUGUAUAGUACAUACACAAUUUAUGUACUGCAAAUCCUUUUACUCAAGCUACGCAGAUAAUUUCUCAUUAUUUUUGCAAAAUACAAAAUAUUAAACAUAGGUCAGUCUCUGCCAUUUUUGUUCAAAGUUUUCCAUUUUAAUUUAUGCCUUCACUUUUCAUGAAAUAGUUAAAUCUUCUGUAUAAAAUUCCUUUCUCAAGUAUGAUUAUUAUUUUAUAGUUUUUGUCAUUCAUCAUAAAAUUGAAAGUUCUAACUUUGUAGAAUUUUACAUUGGUAAUAUAUUGUAGAUUUUGUCAACAGUUUACAGUUUUUCUUGACACAAAGUGAAAACAAAGAUAAAUCCAGAAACUUUUUUUUCACAAUUCUUAAUUGUCAUACUUCAUUAUACUGCAAGAUUUCAUUAUAUCUGAUUCCAGUGUUGAUUGAUAUAGGAAUUCAUUUAUGCAGUUAGCAAUGUCUUUUCUCACUAUUUACCUCCCUUUGUUGCUGCAAUUGUGUUCUAAUAUUUUCCACUAAUUUAUAAACUAGUCUUAUUCUUGGUGCUAUAAAUAGAUUACAAAUUAAUGUCUUCAUUUUAGUGUGUUCUCUUAUAACAUUCAUCAUGUCCUAAUGUCAACUGAUUACAGGCAAAGUUAUACAUGUAGUUGUAUGUAUUGUACAGUAUUGAAGAAAGUCAUAGGCUUAUUGCUUGAUAAAAAUGUUAAAGGGACUCCACUGUAGUUUUUUUUAGACAAUACAGGACUGGAAAUAAUUUAUCAAGGUUUGUUUACCAUUUGAUGUACGUCUAGACCAAUAAUUUCUUUGUUAAUUUUCAGAUCAUUUGCUCACUCCGUUCUUCCAGAAUAAUUAUUCUAAUUGACUAAAAUAAGACCCAAAAUUGAAAAGCGAUUCAAUGUUUUUUAUUCUAAUUGGGCAAAGAAUAAGCACAAAAAUACAAUUUUCAAUUUCUGUCUUGGUACAUUUCUUAAAUAUGUUUGCAUAUCUUUCUAAAUUAAGUGCCAUAGUUGAUCUAUGUAAGAAUUUAAAUUUUAUGUUUUAAGGCUUUUGCACUUUAGUUGAAGUUCCUUUAAGGUAUAAAAUUUGUUAAAUCUGUUCAGAAACAAUUUUUGAUAAAAGUUUAUAUUGUCAGUCCUAUCUUAACUAUAAUGAGUAAAUAAAAUGAUGAACAUAGUAAAAGUAAAUGUAUUUAGUCUGCAAGUUAAUCAGGUGGAAUAGUAAGCUACAAAACACACUUUUCUAGGUAAAAAAAUUUCAAAUUAAUUAUUAAUCAUUUAUUAACUUUAUCAAAAUUCUCAUUCUUUGAUAUAUGUUAUUAAUUACAUAAGCUUCUCUUUAUAAGUCACAACAUGACCUAAAUAUGGAUAUUGACUAUUAAAACAAUAAAAAAAAACAUGGAAAUCAUAGUAUUACAGGCAACAAAACACACAUUUAAAGAUUGUGUGCUCUUUGUUUUCUUUAACUGGUUCCAAAUUAUUCACAUUGGACAUGUCAUGUAAUGUCUGUGUUAGUUUUGUGUCAGAAUGUUUUGAAUAAAAUGUUUCUUUUCUUACUGUACUUAUUUGCCAAAAACUUGCCUACUUGUUUAAAGUUCUAAGUUCUUUAGAAUGACCUUCCUUAAAGUUUAUACACUACUGUAUUGUUUGAAAUAGUUCCUUAUUAUGGUCUUUAAAGUAGUUAAAGCACAUUGGGUACUAUGAUUUUAGUUCAUCUUUAAAUGGUCCAUUAGGAUAAUAAUACUUAAACAUUAAGUUCAAAUCUUUGCUUGCAUGGGUAUUAUACAUGUAUUGAUAUUCAUUUUUUUUUUUGGAUUUCUGAAAUUCCACUUUUGCGAAUUUGAAAUUUUACAACUUUGCCAUAUACAUGUACCUGCCACUGAUUGAUUUACUUUACAAUGUUACAGAAAGACACAAAAUAAGUUCACAGACACAAACAUGUGGAAGGGAAUAUUUGUGUAAUAUUUUGAUCUGCUUAAUAUACAUGUAUCCAUGUGAUAAUCCCAAAUCUUGUACAGGUAUCAGUGUGAUUUUCCCAAAUAUCAUACAGGUAUCACAUGAUUUUCCCAAAUAUCAUACAGGUAUCACAUGAUUUUCCCAAAUUUCAUACAGGUAUCACAUGCAUUUCCCAAAUUUCAUAAAGGUUCGGUAGGGUUUACCCAAAUCUCAUACAAGUAUUGGUGUGAUUUUUUUCCCAAAUCUCUUAGAAAGUACCAGAAUAAUUCCCCCAAAUUUCAUUGAAUGUAUGUUGAUAUAUAAUUAUAAUAAUUAAUUCUACAAUUAUUGAUAUACAUGUAUAUGACAGUUGCUAUUUCGUGAUUUUGAUAAAGUAUGAUUUAAAAAGCUUAACUCAUUUAAAAGAUUAGAUCAUGAUAUGACUAAUAGCCAUAGUUUUAAGUGCCUAGAUUCAUAAAUGUUUUGUUUGUUAUAUUUGGCCUAUGCAAUGUUGUUGGAGUUUUUUUUUUGUUCGUUUCUUUUUUUAAAGAAAAAAAGUACAAACAGCACUGCCAGUUAUAAUAAGUGUUGCAACAAGUGGCAGAGCCUGAAUUGUGCUCUUAGUCUUAAGUUGCCAUUGUUAGAUCAACUUUAAACGUCACAAAAUGAUUACAUAACUAAAAAUUUAUCUUCUAACUGUAAGUGUUCUUUUGUUCAUUGAUAUAAAAACAGGACCAAUUGCCUUCUGUUGUGAUUUGAGAGGACUGGGUUGAUGCCUUUGCUAACUAAAUAUUGAAGAAAUUUUUACAAUUUAUAAAGACAUUUUUGCUAAGUUAUGUUCUAAACGGAAGAGGUCUAUUUAAGGUCUGUGCUAUAGAAGAUGUAUAAGACCUGAUAAGAGUUGAACAAAGUGGUAUCACAUGUGAACAACUGAAAGAACAAAAUAACAAUCCAGAUUGCAUAAAUGUUUAAAGUUUUUAAGUUUGGACCAGCCUUGUUUUGUUUAUUUUAAUAGAUUUUGGUUCAAUAUUUUGAACCCAGAAUCAAGAGUUGUGCAAAUACUUUAUAUAUCUUCUUAUUUAUUGUACUCCUGCAAAAUGUAAAAAAAAGAAAGAAAAUUAGCAUAUUAAAAAAGUAUAACUAAACUUAUUGUUAAUCAAUAAAUCUUAUGUAAGAUAGGAUUAUUGCAAUAGGCAUGUAUUUCAGCAUAUUUAAAAAAAUGGGAAAAGAAAAUGAUAUAGAGUUAUGUCUUUAUUUUUUUUCUGUCAUAUUUGGCAAGCUUAUUUCAGCAUAUUUUACAAAAAGGAAAGAAAAUGAUAUAGAGUUAUGUCUUUAUUUUUUUUCUGGCUUAUUUGGCAGUCUUGUAUCAUUGCAGAACCGUCAUUCUUAAUUAAACACAUGUGCUGUUUGUUAAUUAUCUAUGUAAUUAUAUGUAUAUACUGUUGUUUAAUCAUAGAAUUUUCAUAUUUAUCAUGUUAUACAUUAACACUACUUGUUGCUUGUUGCAAUUUGAUGUCUGUUGUUGUUCUUCUGAUAUUAUUACAUCAUAUUUUUGCAUAGUCAUUUCCGGUCAGUUCUGCGUUUUUCACGUGUUUACAUUGCAAGAUUUAUGUGAAGUUUGUUUGUACAUUAUUCGUGUAUAUGUUAUAUAAAAUGUUUCCAAAGACUCUUUCAUUUCUAGAGAUUAUUAUAAUAAAAUGUAUGCAAAUCAUA